AUGCCAGAAGAGGUUCAGAGCGGCGAGGCGGCAGCACAGCCAGAGAACGGCGGCGAGGCGACAUCUCAGUCAAGGGACGACUGGAGUCGCUCCGGAGGGAGCCGUUCAUGGCACGGCUGGUGGGACGGCUGGCAAGGCUGGCAGGACUGGAGCCGACCAAAUCCAUGGCAGCGAGAAGAUAGUGAUCCCUGGGCCCAGGGCAGGGCGUCCGCCGGCGCGACUGCCGACGCGUCAGCCAGCGCAGCCGCUGGCACCGCCGGCGCGGCUGCUGACGCGACCGCCAGCGCAGCAGCUGGUACGUACGCUACCCUGUGGCCAGGCAGCGAGGAGACGAGAGCGUGGGCCGAGAGCGCCCCGCAGGCCCCCCCGCUCCCGCGGUGGGGAGCGCCGACGACCUGGGCGACGGCGGGGUCACAGGCGGCCGCGGCGCAGGAGGCGGCUACCCAGACGUUCGAGCCGCCCGCGCCGCCGGCAGCACCGGCGCCAGCUGCGCCGCCCGCGCAGUCGGCCGGAACAGCGGCGCCACGGGCACCGCCGGCGGAGCCUGCAGGCACUGCGCCGGCCGCGGCGGCUCCGGCGGCCGAGGCGGCGAGCGCGGCCUCGGCGGCGCAGCCCUGGGGCGGGGCAUCGGCUGCGGCUUCCUGGCAUCCGCCUCCGCCGGCGCCAGCCGGGGGCUUUCAUCGUGGCGACAACCAGGGCCCGCAGCAGUGGCAGGGCUUCGACCGGCUCGACACGUGGGUGCUGAGCAUUCAGAGGUGGUCGAGGAGGACGGCGCUUUCCUCAGAAGCCCAGGCCGGUCGAGUUGUGGAUGAGCUUCCAGUCGAACUCCAGGAGAAGCUGAUGCACAUCCAAGAGGACCUGGACUGUCCUGGAGGCCUGGAGGUGCUGUUAAGCUACCUGAAGCAGGCUCGAGGAGACCGAGAGGACGACAAGUCCAAGAAGGCCUUCGAGCGAGCGCUGGAGAAUACGGAAAUGCGUAGUGGCGAAACCCUGACUCAGUUCGUCAUUCGCAGAGACAUGGAGGUGCGAGAAGCACGCAAGUUCGGCCUGGACCUCCCAGAGAAGGUUCAGGUUGAGCAACUGAAGGCAGGAGCUCGGCUAAGCGAACAGAACAUGAUAAACUUGUUGUCCAUCUCACAGGGCCGCGAGGAUCUGGACUCGGUGAAGAAGGCUCUCAUGAGGAUGGAUGUGCGACGCAAGCCAGACGCCACUCGGAGGCAGGGCAAGACCUUCGCGGCGGCCGACGAGGAGGACGACUACGGCGAGGACGACGACAUGUCCGACCUCGUGCUCGUCGAGUUCUGGGAGGACUCCAUCCUGGACAUCGUCGACGCCGAGGCGGUGUACGCGGCGGUGGAGUCCCAGGACCUCGACGAGGAGCAGCUGGCGAGCGUCGUCGCGGCCGUGCUGGACGAGAAGCGCGAGAAGGAAGGUCGUCCGAGGCGGUGGGCUGAGGCGAAAGACCUGAAGCGAGCGAUGGCGAGGGACCGGGAGUUCUUCGACAGCAAGCGGGCCGGGAAGAAGCCAGCUCCUCGUGUAGGAGCCGGAAAGCAGAAGCUGAGCAUCGAGAAGCUCAAGGCGCGCACUCGCUGCGCGAACUGUGGGCAACGCGGACACUGGAGGCGUGAAUGUACGAAUGCAUACCGGCCCAAGCCCAAGGCCGAGGCCAAGCCAGGAGGUCGAACGAUGUACGUGACGACGGACGGUCCCUCGGCAGCGACGUGGUUGACCCUCGGGCCAGAGGUGAUCCAGAGGCUGUGCGGCUCGAUGAGGGGGAUCCCUGACUCGUGGCUGCUACAUGAGGACAUGGAGCCCUCCGGCAUGGUCGAUACGGCUGCUGGCCAGGCGCUGGUGGGUGACAAGCGGCUCGAGCGCCUCGUGAAUGACUAUGCUAAGCAGGGAUGGCGCAUUCCCAUCAGGCGGAGUCCGCAGCCGAAGAAGGCUCGCGGAGUCGGAGGCAGUGCGGACAUCAUCGGGGAAGCCCUCAUCCCGAUCACCGCGAUCCCGAACAAGUGCGUGCUGAUCCAGUUCAAGAUCUUCUCUGGCGAGGUUCCCCUGCUGCUGCCGGUGAAGUGGCUGGAGUCCGUGGGAGCGAAGAUCGACCUGGAGCGCGACCGCAUCCAGCUGGACGACGUGACGCUGCCGAUGCACCGUGAGAGCUCGGGGCACCGCAUCAUGAGCCUGCUCGGCAGUCUUCCCCCUCACCGUUUUGAGGUGGACGCGUCGGCUGCCGAGGACUGGCCCGGUCUCGAGGCCAAGGCGAAGGGAACAGACUUGUCCGCAGCCUUCGUGCUCGAGACCAACAACGCUGCCCGCGGGUUCAGCAGUCAGGUGGCUACCGAGGCCUGCGGGCCGCCUCACGACUCAUUCAAGUUCGAUUCAAGCGAUGGCAUCGUCGGGCUCAGCGGGAAGAUGGCGAUCCAGCACGUCAAGGGGUCGUCAUUCGCGAAGGAGGUCCGCGCACACCAGGUGCGCCAGAGGGCGAUCAGCAAGGCGAAGAGGAACAAGGCGGGCUCGCAGGAGCCCAGCGGACCCAGCUCUCACCUGGAGAGUUCACCGGAGUGGGAGGCAGUGGGCAUGAUGACGGACGAGAGCGACCAGGAGCAGGACACGAAGGAGACCGCGGGCCAGGUCAAGAGAAGCCCUACUCUGGCGGCUUGGCAUCGCGUGGUCGGACGCCUGGUGUACACGAUGGGGGCCAGGAUGGCCAUGAUGGCGGCCAACCUCCUCGUGGGCGAGAUGGUACCACAAGCAGCCUUGGAGUGCGACCAUCCGCAGUGGGCGAGGCUGAAGGGAGCCAACCAGUACGCGAAGUACGAGCACUGCCGCAAGUGCAAGUCAAGGCUGUGGAUCGAGCGCCGCAGCCGGACGGAGCAGAUCGACGUCCUGAAUCGUGCGCAGCAGCGGCGCAACGAGCACGGGGACCGCAACCAGGCGAGGGUGGAGUCCACGCCGCUGACGAUCAAGCCGGAGCUGGUCUACAUCAAGGAGGUUCUCAAGAAGAAGAAGCCGGAGUUCGAGACGGUGGAGGAGGCCUCGAAGACGGUGGAGAACGCGGAGAUCGCCCGUGCGCUGCGGGAGAACAACCAGGUGCUGCAGCAGAUGGCGGAG